CUUCGUCUCGUCUUCCUCCUCGCGUCUAUCCGCAUGAGCAUAGUAAACAGUCGGGCAACGACCGUCUGCUGGACAGAUCGCGAGUCGACGUUGGCCUAACCGCGCUGAGAAUACAGCGGGAUUUCGCGAAUCCCCGCGUAUCAGGUGGAAAAGUUCGGUCGGGUUAACUGUUAACCAUGGAGGCGAAGAUGGAGCCGCUGACACCCCCGCACACGCCGCCCACCCUCGACAGAUCGAUGGUCCACCAGCACCAGAUGCCAAUCACGUCGCCCAGGUGGAUCAGGUCGCAGCAGCUGGCUGGAAGAUUCAUCCAGCAACAGCCUCCUGGACAGAACGUCGGCUAUCAGGCGGCGUUUCUCGACAAUUGGCUCAGGGGAGCAGCGUUGCUAGCCGUCAGGGGUUGCUGCCCUCAGACGUCGUCGCCGCAUCCUUAUCACCAUCAGGGUCAUCAGGGUCUCCAUCCAGCGAUCCCCGUACCGCCACCAGCGUCCUUUCUCACCAGACGGCUGCCGGGUCAGAGGCCCAAGAAGCAGUUCAUCUGCAAGUUCUGCAACAGACAGUUCACAAAGAGCUACAACCUGCUGAUUCACGAGAGGACGCACACCGACGAGCGACCCUACUCGUGUGACAUCUGCGGGAAAGCGUUUCGCAGGCAGGAUCACCUUAGGGAUCAUCGGUACAUCCACAGCAAGGAGAAGCCGUUCAAGUGCAGCGAGUGCGGUAAAGGCUUCUGUCAGAGCAGGACUCUCGCUGUGCACAAGAUCCUGCACAUGGAGGAGUCCCCGCACAAGUGCCCGGUCUGCGCCAGGAGCUUCAACCAGAGGAGCAACCUGAAGACGCACCUUCUCACGCACACGGACGUCCCCCAGGAUCUGAGGAUCGAGGUGCCCGCGCCAACGGAGUCGAGGAUCGCCGCUUCUACGACCGUCAGACAGAUGGCGGAGAGGGUGAGCGGUCUGAUCCCCAUUCAGAGGACCAACACCGCUGCUCCUAAGCUUGGUUUCAGUAUAGAAGACAUUAUGAGACGUUAGACGCAUAUAAUCGUAUUUUUUUAUCGUUGGUAAUAUAUUCGUUUUAAGGAGUACCAGAUCGGCGUGCUUUGUAUUCGGGAGAAACGGUAAUAUCCUUAUAAACACAGGCUUCAGGUUAGCUACGGGUCUUUAGAUUUUUAGUUCUGGAAAUGUUUAUUUUCGACUUUGUUUAUUGCGUUUAGUCGCUCACGGAUCGCGAAAGCGAGGAAACCCCGGAGGCACGUGUGCCCGAACCUUGGCGAACGUUGGCACAUGCGAGCAGAUGUGCCUUCGUUCGCCAUGGUUUCACUUCGAUGGGACAUUUUUUCCUACUUUUCGAUAGAGAAUCCUCGCACUUCCGAUCAAUUCGCGUCGUUGGACUCGAUUAUUCCGAGUCGAGAUAGCUUAAAGUAGCUUCGAGCCAAAGCGAGAGGAUCGAGCAAGAUUCGAUUUCUCUAUCUACGCUAACGGGAAACUGCGUUCCUGAUUAACGAUUACCCUAAUAGUUUUGAAAAGCGCGAGGAUCACGCCGACUGGGAAUGUAUCAUACGUUGUAAAUAUGGGUUUGUUUAAGUUAUUCGGCUCAAGUCUGCUCUCGCGACGAGGAGGAAGGAACAAAGUCUACCUCCGUCUUCCUUCUUCUCAUCACCUGUAAAUAGUACUUAUAUUUAACUGUAAAGUAGUUUAUCGACGAGUCGGCCGAGGAAUGUGCAAACUUCGCGAUUUCUUAAUCUCGAAUGAUCUCGUAAAGUCUCUACGUUCGAAGCAAACAAUUGUUUUUUUUUUUUCUAUUUAAAUUUGUCGCUUCAAGCGUUAGCUCUCGACCCUUUGCGAUCAACGUUGCACGGAACGGAGUAUUAAAAUUCGAGUAUCAAAAGGUACAAUUCGCAAACUUCACGUUACACGUACUCUUAACAUCCCGAAAGGAUCUCGAAUCAGAAGACAAUCUAAAGUUUGCCAAACGCUUCAAAGAUCUUUCUGUCUACCAUUCGGUAAAUGGAAAUAGGGCCCCGCGGAGUACGGCAUUAUCUUAACAAAAAAGAAAAAAAAAGAAAACUCCGGGUUGCAGAGGGUUGAGUCGAAUCUCCCAGCGAUAAGAAAGGGAAAACGAGCCUCUAGGAAUCAGCGCCGGACACGUUUCGUGCGCCUCCAUCUCGUGAAUAACGAGGCGUCGUUGUAUCUUUCGAGGCGUCAAAAUAAUUGGUCACUCUGGGCUCAGACAACGAUCUGUCCCAGGAAGCCGCAAGGUAUUCUCCUCUAUCGAGACGUAAAUCGAGUUUCCUGCUCCGUGCACAAGCCCCCCCCCCCCCCAAAGUUUCUUUUCUCUACAAGGAAAAUUAGGAAUUCUCGAUCAGAUAAGGGCCUAGGCGAGGGACACCUCCUGGUGGUUUAACUACGCCACCCCACACCUCCCCUCCACACCCGUCUCUCACCAGUGACUUGUAAAUAGUCCCAAAGAUCUUUUUUUUUCUCUCGUCCCCUCCCUCCUAAUCUAGGAAAGGUCCCAGAGCAUCCCGUGGACCACCCACGUCUUCUUUACGUACGGAUAGUUUAUACCUGACGAUGAUAGUUGUCGCGUUUCCCUCGUUACACGAGCCGAAGUGUUGCGGCUUUUAUUUGAUAGCUACGACCAGAGAUGGGCAGCGUUUCGGUCGAUUCAUCGGAUAACCAACGAAACGAAGAUUUGUUCGUGACGUUUAUCGAAUUAAACAGUUGCAUUCGUUUCGGAUACUUUAUUGUACGAUUCAAUUUAUUAUCUAAAUAACAGCGGAUAAACGGGCGUCUCUUGUUUGUUCGUAAAUUUUGAUAAUCUUUGAAUGUAGAAAGUCUUCUAGUUCAGUAAUUGAACGUGCUACCGUUACGGAAAAGACGGGAAAAUUUUAUCCGAAUAAUAAACGCACGAAGACUUUUAUUCGUACGAUGCGAAUUUCAUUUGAAAUAUUCGUAGACUAAUCGAUAAUUUUAAGAAAUUAUUUUGAGCAGACUAUUGAAACCAUUUGUUGUCUGUUUUUAUAAUUUGACAACGUUAGCGUUAUAAUUAACAUUUCGUUCGUCGUUCGAAAUUUUUAUCCAUCCAGCUUACAAUUCUGCCUGUCUCUGUCGUUAUGUAAUUUGAGGCUAACGCGGUUAGGGGUUACGCGCGAGGGUUGCUUUGAAAACUAUUGCACGAGAUACGAUUACUACGAGAAUAAAUUUGUUCGUAAGAUCGAGGUUGCGUUUCGCCAUUGAAAGGUCGAUCUUCUAACUGAAACCUGAUUUUCUAGAUUUUAGAAAUAUUUUUCUCGACGCUCCUUGAAUCUCGAGAAAUCAUCGAAAGAUAUUAUCGAAUGUUCAUCGAUACUUCGCAAGACGAAACUGGCUUUUGUCUUGCAUGCAGUUCGUAUUCGUUGACGUUGCACGGUAUCAGAGUUUAUAAUUUGGACAAGUUUCUUCUCAAACGGAACUAAAUUAUCUUACCAACGACAGUGGAAAGUAAUAUAUUUUUAAUGUAACAGUAAUAGAACGAAAUUAAAUUGGUAACGAUGGAAUCCAUAUCUCGAUCUUGCCGAUUAUUUAUUUUAAAACAAUUGUUACGUUCAACGGUUUUCAAAGUAAUCUCACGCGAGCAAACGUGUGGAAUGUGCAUGUUUGCGAUAGAUAAUUACUUUUUCCCCCCAGAAGAUUGUUUUUUGUUUUGUUUUGUGUUCGAAUUACGUAAUUAGCGUGUUAUGUAACUGUGUGUUCCGAGUGUUUAGAAGUCGAAGGACGAGCGUGUUAUCGCGUAGACAUACCAAAAAGGGGCGAAAUGAAAGGAUGCUGUCAGCCUAGUCUAUUAUAACGUAUAUUUAAAUAUUGUUGUUAUUGAUUGGAAAUAAAAAUUAA